AUGGAAUUCAAAACAAGAGACACAAGUCGUCGUCAAUAUAGAAACAACCCUUACCCACGACAACCAUAUUCAACACACUACAAUAACGGAAUUGGAAUUCAACGUAAUGUAAAUACCUAUCAAAGUUCCUCCUAUAUUAGUGGUAGUAAUGGUAGUUCUACAUCUUAUCAUUACCAUCAACAACACUCGAACAGGUUCAACAACAAUAAUAGAGAAACAGGACCACCGACAAAAGUUCCGAAGAAUCAAAGAUCACUACCCUCUAAAGAAAUACCACAACCAUCACCAAAGAUCAAUGAAGAAGAGGUUCAAAAAAAUGCUAUUCGUUAUGGAAAGUUCGAACUUAAUAUAAAGGAAAGGCUUGAUAGUUUUAAAGAGAAAAAGAAAGAUGGUCCAAUAAUCUGUCAUCGUGAAAUGAAAGAAAUAACAAAAGGUUUUGAUAUACGAUUUGAUGAAUGGAGCAGUUUUGUUGCUGCUGCGCCAAAAAUACCACCCAGACCAAAAGAAAAAAAUCCACAACCUAAUAAUAAUCGUUUUUCUCCAUACAACAAGGCAUCAUCAUCUCUAUCACAACAAAAACAACCUGUUCUUAAUCCAAUGAUCGAUUAUUUAUGUAGAUUAGGUUUGGGUAAUUCUAAUAUAUUGAAUAAGAAUGAAAUAAAAAUUGUCGCGGAAAAAGAGAGACAAAAGGAGACAAUAAAGAGAGCCAAAGAAUCUUUAAAGAGUUUUAGAGAGGAGAGAAAAGGAAAAAUGUCACCAGAAAUUGAAGUGAUUACAUAUCGUUCUAAAAAGGCACCAGAGAUUGCAGCAAAACGACCUGCUCAAAUGGCUCCUAUUGUCAAAUCACCAGAUGCAACUACUCGUGAUAGUUCAAAAAUAAAUGAUUUAACAACUACUACAUCAUCAACGUCAAUAUCAACUGUUCCAACAAUUAGCACAAAAAAAGUAUUUGAUAAAAGCAUUCAAUAUUUAGAAGGAAAAGAUAAUGAAAUGUUAGUACAACAUCAGAUAUCAACUCAAACUGAUGAUUAUAAACCUGAAUCAAGAUCUGUUCACGUUCAGACAGAUAAUACUGAUGUCGUACCAAUUGAUCCAGAAGAAGUAUUAUUUUAUCAAACGGUCGCAGAAAGAAAGUUUAAACUGGCAAAGACUUACAAACGUCGAGCCGAUCAUAGUAGACCAGAGAAGGAGUUAAGUGGGAUGACAGAGAAGCAAAAACUGGAGAGAUUGUCCGAUCACAUGGAAAUUUUGAUCCUAUAUAUAGAGUGGUUCUAUAGAAAUAUUCAAGCACACGGAGAAAAUACUAUCGACAAGAUUGACAAGAUUGGAACUGUGUUAAAUAGCAUUGAUAAUCAUUUCGGCUGGGUAUCCGACAAUGCAAAGAAGCACGACCCACUUGCACUAUUACCACUUAUCAAUAAGCUUAGGGCAAUAUUUCUCAUGAAUCGUUUGGGGUUGGAGCAAAAGAGAUUCACCAAAUUAAGCAAUGAAUAUAUUAAGUCGUUUAAUGAAGAAGCAAAAACUGGUAUUUUUUCUAAUACUAUUCCAAAUAAAUAUAUCAAUACGUUGAAUGAAAUGCAGAAAAGUGCAACAAAUUUAUUCAAGUUGAUUACUAAUUUGUGGGAUGAAGGCAAAGAUUUUCAUGUUAGUAAUAGAGUAAAUAAUGGAGUAAAUCCGUUAAACUUAACAAUGCCAAUUGAGAAAGCAUCAGAAUUCGCUAGAAUUUUUGUUAAUGAUUGGAGAAGUAUUAACAAGAUCGAUUUUGUUAGUUUGUCGUGA